GCCGCAGCCCGGAAAAAGACAGCAGUGCCCGUUGUAGCAGUGAGCACAUGUAUGUGCUCUUAUAAAGGCGAAAGGUCUCCGAAACCGAGCUGUCAUUUUUACCUUUCUUUGAAGACCACGGUAGGCUACACCAAAGGGAAGGGCAAGCACCCAUACGGACAUGGCGACAUCCAGCUCCUGUGUUGUGAUCAGUGAUGAGGAGCAGGGGUAUGACCUGGACCUUUUCUGCAUACCAAAGCACUAUGCUACUGAUUUGGAGAGGGUCUAUAUCCCACAUGGACUCAUCUUGGACAGGACAGAGAGACUGGCCAGAGAGAUUAUGAAGGAAAUGGGGGGGCACCACAUCGUGGCCCUCUGCGUCCUCAAAGGGGGCUACAAGUUCUUUGCAGACCUGCUGGACUACAUCAAGGCCCUGAACAGGAACAGCGACCGCUCCAUCCCAAUGACAGUGGACUUCAUCCGCCUCAAGAGCUACUGUAAUGACCAGUCAACAGGUGAAAUCAAAGUCAUCGGAGGAGAUGACCUGUCUACGUUGACAGGCAAGAAUGUCUUGAUUGUGGAGGAUAUUAUCGACACAGGGAAGACAAUGAAGACAUUAUUGCAACUCCUCAAACAGUACAAUCCCAAAAUGGUUAAAGUAGCAAGUUUGUUGGUGAAGAGAACACCAAGGAGUGUUGGCUACAGACCAGACUUUGUAGGAUUUGAGGUCCCGGACAAAUUUGUGGUGGGCUACGCGCUAGACUACAACGAGUACUUUAGAGAUCUAAAUCAUAUCUGCGUCAUUAGUGAAACCGGGAAGGAGAAAUACAAGGCAUGAAGAGCAGCUAGUAACAAUUUUUAACAUAUGGAUAUAUCUUUUCCUUUUUUUGAGUUUCAUUUUAUAUUUGAUUGCAUCAUAUUUGUGUCAUUAAAAAAAAAAACUCAGCCUGCUCAGGGUCCCUGAGGAUACACUGUUAGAGUGACAAUCCUGACAGUUUUAGCCACCGCACACGCUAGGUUCAAAAUGAAUUGCCUUAGACAGAACCACAUCUGGGUUAAACAGCAUGGAGCCCAGCUUGCUUAGAGUUAGUACAAUGCUUUUAGGCCCCAACUUUGUAAGCGAUGGAGUAAUUUAUUCAGCACAAUGCUGCUAGCUUAAUUUACAAUAUCACAAUUAAUGUGCUAUUAUAAAAUUCCAACAUUUGGCAACUUAUUAUUUUAUAAACUAUUUCUUUUAAUGUAAUUGUACUUUUAUUGGGAAAUAUCAAUAGCUGCUUUGUGGGCACUCAUAAAGAGGAUGUUACAUUUUCUUUAAGUCUCUGUACAUUUUACGAGGUUAUUAUGUUAUGUGAUAAGAUAAAUAGUGUUUUAAAAAAAGUACCACAAAUAUUGGUUGCUGUCCUUAAUUGAACACAUGGAUAUGCUGAAGAUGAAAUAUCCUCUUAUUUAUGAGUGUACAAUGGUUAUAUUGUCUGAUCAUGUAUACAAUUUCUUUGUGUAAUACUGAGGGUUUUUUGUGGGUUUUUUUUUUUUUUUUAAAUGCUGGAAAAUAUUUCAACUUUAAGUCAAAUGGUACUCAAUCAUAUGUUUAAAUCAAUUCAACUGUAACCCCUAUUAUUGAUUCAGGCAGGCAUAAUUUAAAUAUUUUUUUUAAAAUUGUUGCUAUAUAAUUGAACCUCAUUCAGUGGUGCCAUCGCUUAAAUCAUUGUCAACUGAAUAUUUCAACACCAGCCAUUAAAUGUUCGCACCCUUCCUGUGACUAGCGGGUUUUACUAUGAAAGCUUUGUACACACCAAAUACUUGGAACAUUAAAAUAGUUCCUGGCAAAAUAUGAGGAAAUUCAAUGGUGAUCUCACAAAAAAGUAUGAUGAAGACACAGGCAGUAUACAGUGAUACAGCAAAGUGUUCUGCAUCAUGUCUGCGAGUUAACUGAACUCCUGAGUUUUCUAGGAAUGUCAUAAAGUGCAUUAGCAUUGAGUCAGGGUGAAGACCAUAAAUAUUUGACCUGUUGUUGUUGUCAUCUAACUUUGACCUGCAAACUGCCCUAACUGUACACAAGGUCACUGACUAGGACGUGUUGUGUAAUACCUUUACAUACAAUACCUUUGCAAAGCGUCUUCACAUUCAUUAUUUCAUGUACCCCGUGCCUUUUGUCAUUUUAUGCAUGUUUAGUCAUGUUAAAGACAGCACCAAACAUUUGCUGGUAAAAGUUUGAUAAAUGCAAACAUUUGCUUAAUGCUUCAGAACAAUUAUACCUCUGUCCUCCCUGAGUUGUCUGCUAAGGGCCUCUUGUGGGCUUACAUUUAAGUUGAUUUAAAUUUUUUAAGGUAAAUAAAUGAAAAUAUGUAAAAUUUGUUCAAUAUAAACCUGAGAUAUGCUAUAUUUAUGAUAGAACAUCUACAUUGACAUAAGGGUACAAGGUACACAAUACAAGAGGAAUUGUCUUGCAAAGAAUAUACAUUCAAUGUGAAUCAAAAACUCAGUCAAGAUUAAUAAAAUCUCUCUCUCCAGGGUCUUUACAUUAUCAGAACAAC